CGACAUUCAGGCUGUCCCCGGCCAAGUGGCUUGAUGACAGAAUACUUUGAUGUUGGUGAAUGAUCAUAAGAAAAAAAUUAUAAAUCUUAUGCCUUCGGCGAACUGAUUUCAUUGUUAUCAGUUCUCAUUUAGAAAGAUGGAUUACAGUCCAAGAAGAGCUCUAUGUCCGGGUCAAACUCAGCUAUUUCCAUGUAUCGGAUUUCCAAGCUGGUCGUUUGAAGACUGGGCCCAAUUUGAACUUGAUACUUUGGAGGACAUUUUCAAGAGAUCAGAUUGGCAAGAAAGAGCCCUGAAACCGGCUCUAUCUUCCCUUCUCGCCCCAGCUCUCUGCGCUGUUUAUGCGACAUAUGAGGAUGACAAAAUCUCGAAUCUCGAUGACGACCGAGUUGUUUGGGGUCGGCAAUACACGCUUAAGGAUUUGUCCAGCAUCGAAGUUAAGAUACAGACAGCAGAUAGCCCCAGCUCCCCCAGCGAUAGCUUUUUUUUCCCGAUCACUGAUGACCGUGAGAGGUCUCGGUCACCGGAAUUGCUUUACCCACCGAUUGCAAACAUAGUUGAGACUAAAGAAAAGCUUCCCCCUCCCUGUGAUUCCGGAAGGUCCUCGCCAAUCUUCGUUUCUGGCUACGAAGCAGAACGACAAAGAAACGACAUAAAACAGUUCGGACGAGAGGUGGCGUCUAAGCUUGCUGAGAGAAGAGCGGAGUACGCAAAACGAAGGACGAGUCAAAUUCACGAAGAAAAGGAAAUAAUCGAGCGUAACAUAGAAGAAGCAGUCAGAAACAAAGCAAAGCAGCUUCAAAUGGCGGAUCACUUAGAGAAAGAGGGUUCAUUUCUAAAGGAGAGACGAGCCAAGCUAUGGAGAAGAUGUGCCAACAUGGCGGAAAUUUUAGCUAAGGAAGAAACAGAAGCCACACUUUGGCAGAAUAAAUAUAAGGAAGCCAUUUCAGUCGCAUCUGGGUGUUACAUGUUUUUUUAAGUAUACUAGCAUGUAGCGGAUUAACUGUAUCCUCAAUUGAGGACGUUAUGGUACACGGAAUGAUGACAACGAGGCUUCUUACCUCAACGAGGCGCUCCCACUGGGAACGAUGCUAGUUCGAGUAGGAAGAUUCCCGCGAGAAUCAGGCUGCUCCGACGAGACUGAGGCUUGUCAAGAGGAGAGAACCGGGAGAACUGAGCUCGAGUCGAGGUUCACGAGAACGAGGUCGGUCACGAGAACGAGGCUUUUAAAUCAAGUUAUGGAAAUUGGCCAGCACACCUUUACACAUAGGAGUAAAUUCAAGAAUUUUUAAUGAUUUACGGUUUUUAUCUACAUGGCCCAUGACGAACACAAACAAUCCAAUAAGAUGGUCUGGAAUGCGAUCAUUAGAGCGAACUUGUUACUUGCUUCUUUGGGCCAUUUUUUUUAUUGAGAUAAGUUAUUCAUGAUCCAAGAGAUUAUGGAUCCUAAAACUUGAAUGAUGUCUAAGUGGCGGUUAUAAUAAUUUAAGAAACAACCAUUUUGCCUUGAAGAAAUUCCUGGUCGCAGGUUUGGCCCAUUAUUUAGACUCAUAGUGGAGAUUAUUUUAGUUGCAGCAAAAAUACUAUAGGUAAGGUAGGUGAAGUCUGUUUACGAGCCUAGUGGCCUAUUAGGCCGGUGCUUAGCUCCGGUUUCUGUAGCAUGAAGCGACUAGGAGUAUUUCUACUAUGCUUAGCUUCUAUCUCUUCACAAUGAAGAGAACAAAAAUAACUACCAAAAUAAAAAAAAAUAUAAAAAAAAAAUAGAAAUAUGGAAA